GUGGGUGGACCUUCAUCACACGUUCUGGUUCCCGCUUCUAGGAAAGACAGCAAAACCCCAGCUGCUACAUGACGGCUACAAGGAGAAACUUUUCUGCCAAGUCGAUUGGAAAGUCCUUGAAUGUCCUGAUGAAAGAGUCAUCCGCGUACAGUCGGCUUUCCAUGGACGGAGGCGUAGCGACGUCUGUCCGAGUGGCGCCGCCAGAUCAGGCAUGUGUCUUGACAGUCUGGGCAUCGCUGAUGGGACAAUCCCAGACUCCUCCUUUUCAGCCUCUUCCUCUGCGAUCAAUGCCGAACCUCACAAAGCGCGUCUGGGGGGCAGCGGUUGCUGGAGACCCUCCGAAAUGUUCGGCAGCUGGAUCCAGGUGAACCUCGGUCAGAGGUUCAAGGUGACGGGCAUUGUGACCCAGAGCUGUACAUACCAAUUGGAAAGUUCCACGCUAUUUGAGUUGGAGUUCAGUAUUGACGGAGUGAAUUGGUAUCGCCCCCCAGAGCAGCCUUUUCUGGGGACGUACAUGCUAACCAGGCUCGUGUUCGCCCAGUACGUCCGCCUCCUGCCAACGUUUUUUGGCCUUCGCUUUGACGUCUUAGGGUGCAUGCCUGACGACACCUCUCGCGACAUCUUAUGCAGCAGCACAGCCACCAGCCUCGGCCUCGACGGUUCAAUGACGGUCCGGUGCCCGCCGGGCUGCGCCCAAACCUACAAGGUCUACGGAACACAGAUCUACAAACAAGAGUCAAACAUCUGCGCGGCUGCCAUUCACUCGGGCCUCAUUGAGAACGCGAUUGGAGGAAUUGUGACUUUGCUGAAGAGAGACCCACAGGAGGCCUACAACAGCUCCGCCAGAAACGGGAUCACCUCGAAAUCUUACACUUUUGCUGACAAGGAGCCGAGAUGCUUGGAUUCUGAAUGGGAGGAGUUUGCGGACUUCUGCUACAAACGUUUCGAUGAGAGAAAGACGUGGUACGGCGCUCGACAAGCCUGCUACCGUCUGAAUGCCAAGCUGGUGUCCAUUCGCUCCAAGGUUGAGCGGGAUUGGCUGCAAGACCUCGUGAUGUCAGCCCCCGGCAACACGUGGAUCGGACUGAACGCCCUGGCGGUUCCCGGCAAAUUCGUGUGGUCGGACCACCAGAAGGUGACCUUAACCAACUGGGCUCCGGGAGAACUUGCCCGCCAAUUGGAGAAUUGCGUGGCCACCUUGAGCCAGUCUGGCAAAUGGAAGAGGAUGUCCUGCGCGCAACUCAACGGCUACAUGUGUAAGAUGCCCACAGACCGUUAUGCGCUGGAUGGAAAAGGCUUAUUAUGA